UUGCUCAACACCCAUGCCACCGCAUUCCUCGGGCCAGUUUCCAACGUUAACCUUUGUCGUGUUCGAGUGCAAUGGCCUGUUUUUUUCAUAUUUUUAAAAAUUAUGGAUAACCUAUGCCAAUGUUUUUCUUGUAGUGUGAAAUUUUUCUAUUACGAGGUGCGUACAAAAUGUUACAAGUAGUGCAAUCAGAAGUUAUAACGUGCAAAGACACGUGGUUAACCUAAUAUUACAUAGUGUUCCGAAAAUCGACCACUAGGAAAAAAUAACUUUUGGUUUACUAUGGCAAGUAAGAAACUAUGGCGUCGAGGGUAGAACAGGCGGAGAUCAAAACCAUAGGGCCUCUUUCAAGUACUUUAGAAUUAUUCGAUUCUUUCAAAUCUCAAGAAGAAGAUAAGGAUUCUGAUGAAGAAAGUUUCCACUUACCUUUGUUAGGCUGUGAUGAUGAUAACGAAAUGGAUAAUAAUUGUAAAGGAGAUAUACUGACGUCAAUUCCAAACGGAGAAACUGAGGAUGACAUUUUGAAUAAAUAUGAAACGAGCACGCCGGAAACUGCCGAUGCAAAAGAAGAACAUUUACUACUCCACGAAGGCGAUGGAACCGAUCUAAAUAACACAGGACUCAAAAGUGAUCAAAGUAAAAAAAAUUCUGAAGAUUCUGAUGUAUUUAAAGAUAUGGAAAUAAUCGAUGAAACAGAUGAGUCUUUUGAAGAAACAAAACAGAUCGAAGAAGAUAAUGAGGGUAAAGAACAAAUUUCUGAUUCAAAAAGUAAAGCGGUAGAAUCGGCGAAGAUGAAUUUAAACCUCGAUGAAAGUGAAAAAUUUGAAUCGGGAAAUGAAGAAAUAUUAAAAAUAGAUGAUCUAGAUGCAGUAACUCCAGAUCAAAAUAUAAAAUCACCAGAAAAUGUUUCAAAAUCAAUAGAAGAAGAUAUUAAAUCAAAAAAUGAUGAAAAUGAUGAUGCCACCAAAAAACUUGAUGAUAUUGUAGAAUUUAUGGAAUUAGAUGUUCAGGAUGUACCCGAAAUUGAUCUUCAAGAUACAGUGAAAAUCACAAUUGAAGAUAUAGUUAGUGUUGGGACUGAAGAAACAAAAAAUAAAGCAGACGUAAAUGUAAACGACUCUGGUGCUUUGAAUAUACAAGUUGAUAAUGUAAAUAAUAGAAAAGAUACAAUAGAUUGCCAAAAGGAAAGUGAAGAUGAAUCAAAAAAACAACUUGAAAAUACAAGAAAGAAUGUUGUGCAAGAAGAACAGCAACACAAGGAAACAGAAGAAGAUACUGCGAAUACAGAAAAAAAAGAGAGUGAUACUAAAGAAUUGGAAACUAAUAAAGACGAAGACUGUGAAGAUCUUUUGGAUAUUUCCGUAAUUCUUGACGCAGAUGAAGAUAAUGCUUCGGCGCUAUCUAAUGAAAAAUCCGAUGACAAUGACGAUGAGAAACAAGAAAACGAUGUGGAUGAAAUAGAUGCAGAUCAAGAAGAUACUAUAGUUUCAAGUGAUAAAGAUGAAAAUAUGGACUUUGAUGAUGGUAAUACCAAUUCAUCAGAUCAGUAUACAUGUACUGCUGAUACGGGUGUUUGUGAACCUACGAGUGAUAGUGAAAAUAAGGAUAGUGAAACGAUACAAAGUGAAAGUGACAGUCAAAAUCCUCCCAGCGUUGAUGAUAUCUCGGAAAUAAAUAGCAAUCACAGUUUUAGAGACAUUGAUAAUAAAUCGGAAGAGAAAUCGUCUGGAAGUAAAGGUGAAAAGGAGGAAAUUUCUGCCGAUACGAAAAGAAAUGAAGAAAGGACCUCUCCCGUUUCGACUGGUAAAAGGCCACUAAUUGAAAGCGACAAUGAUCAAUCUCCAGUGGUGAAUAAGAAAAUACGAAUAUCGGAAGAAUUUUCGGAGGAAAACCAAACGGCCAAAUUAGAUAAGAGACAAGCGUCGUCGGAGAAGAAAUCGGAAGAAGGAGAUAAAACAUCGUUAGAUGAAAAUAGGAAAACGAAUUCCACGAAAAAUGAUAAAAUGAAAACAUUGAUUACGUUCGAAAAGUUUAUGAAACAGAGGAACUUGGGCGAAGGAAAAUUGACGCGUUCGGAUCUCGAACAAUUUUGCCUACAGAAAAUAUGCGAAGCUCUGAUACAUAAAACAGACACCGGAGAAUUACACCAGACAAUAAAGAAGCAGGAACAAAUAAUAGAAUCAUUAAGAAAAGACGUUCAACAACUUUCUAAACAAACUAGAGACUUGGAUAUCGUAAAUAAAAAGCUGAUGACCGAACUGCGAUCCCACAACAACAACCAGAAACCGAUAGUGCCGUUAAAAAUAACUAGAUCAGUCGGAUUGCAGGUUAAAUUGAAUCCCAACAACGAAUUGGCCUCCAGGAGGAAAUCUCUACCGAAUACGGCAACCCCGCCUCGAACACCAUCAACUCCCGUACCUCCCAAUGCCGUAAAUCGUCAAAGGAACGUUCAAGUAAACAAUAGUGUUAUUCGACAAGUGGUACCGACUACCCCGUCGACGGCACCGUCGCCUCGUAAAACCCCGACUACGGCCCCGAUCUUGACUCAAGCUUUACAAAUCCGACCUACCCCUACAGCUAAAGCUUCAACGCCCCCGGUAACCAAACGCCCACCUCUAAUUCGUACGAAAACCGCGGAUCAACAAAAACCGAACGGAACACCUGGUGUAAUCGAUUUAACCGACGAAGAUGAUAGAACAGCCAAAAACGUAGCGCAAAAGUCGAUACUCAAUAAAAAUGCCGGUACCCCAAUAAAAAUUGUAAAUAAAAAUGGUAUGGCACAAAAUAAAGCGAGCCCCAAAGGUACCUCCGCAAAAGGGCAAUCGAAGACCGUAGCGGUUGGUCAAGCGAAGACGACUCCCACAGGAACCAAAGUCGGUUUGCAGACGAGGACCGUUACGACGUUACCGCAAGGAGUUCGGUUAACUUCGGCUCAAAUGAAGAACGGUAUCGCGAUACCCGCUAGCGUGGUGACUUCCACUGCGGGGGGAACUACUCAACUUAUGUACGUGGUGCAACCUGGUUCCGCCGGAAAUUCCGGAACUGGCGUCCAGAAGGCGGUACUUUUAAAUUUCCAACCUACCACCAACGGUGUUCUAACUUCAGCUUUAAACGGUUCCACUGUAUCAAUGAUACCAUCAAAAUCGUCGAAUAUACAGUUAAAAACCUUACCGACAGUGACAAGGAAACAUCCCGCUCCGUUACCUCUUCCUCCUCCAGCCGUUGUAAACGCUUCAUUGAAACCAUUACUUCCUAAACCUCAUUUAAGUAUACGAAAAACUGAAAAUGGUAUCAUCUUACAAUGGCGAAUGCCUUACAAUUUAGAUAUCUACGAAGGUAUAGCGAGUUAUCAGUUAUUCGCGUAUCAAGAAACCAACGCACCUCCUAGUACGGAUAUGUGGAGGAAAGUAGGUGAUGUUAAAGCUUUAGCCCUUCCGAUGGCGUGUACUCUAACUCAAUUCGCCGAUAAGAACAAGUAUUAUUUCGCCGUACGGUCCGUCGACGUCCACAAAAGAAUAGGAGCUUUCAGCGAUCCCGAAGAGAUCUCAUUGUAAAUAAAUAUUAAUAUUUGACUGUGUAAACUUUAUUUGUAAAUGUUAAUGAUGGAAGUAACUUAAGAAUAAGAUUUACUUUUUUUAUUUAUGCAUAGAAAAUAAAAUAAUCAAAUAAAAUAUAUACGAAAAA